ACAAAGGUUCCGCUCGUUCCCGUGAGUGCGUGGCGUGCCGAGCGGAGCGCGCAGGUAGCGGACUAGCGCUUGAGUAGCGCGCUGUGUGAUUUGAUACGGCGACUUCUGCUGCAGGUGCUUUGCUUUUUGCCGGACAGUGAAACAGCGAGACUGAGUUGGAGCUGUGAUGGCCUUCUGAAAUGUGCUAAACAAGUGUCAACAUCCUCUGAUCACAGGAUUUGUAUUAUAUUUGUAGAGCCCUCCCCUCCGUUCAACUUCUCAGCAUCUGACCAUGGAGGCCAGAGGAAAGUAUGACUUCAAUGGCACAGCAGAAGAUGAGCUCAGCUUCCGGAAAGGAGACAUUCUGAAGAUCCUGGGAUCUCAAGACGACUGGUUCAAGGCAGAGCUGCAUGGUCAUGAGGGCUAUAUACCUAAAAACUAUGUUGACAUGCAAAAUCUGAGCUGGUUCAAAGAGAAUGCCAGUCGUGGCUCGGCUGAGGAGAUGCUCAUGUCCCGAGAAGUGGGUGCUUUCCUGAUCCGUGGUAGCCAGAGUUCCCCUGGAGACUUCUCCAUUUCAGUCAGACACGAGUAUGAUGUACAGCAUUUUAAAGUUAUGAAGGAUAAAUCGUGCCAGUACUACCUGUGGACGGAGAAGUUUAACUCUCUAAACAAGCUUGUGGACUUCUACAAGACCACCUCCAUAUCCAAGCAGAGGGAGAUCUUCCUUAGGGACGGAAGUGGGAAUGAGCCACGAGCGCCUCCACCUUUAAGGAGUCAACCAGAAGUUCGGCCUUCCCCAGGUGGUGGUUAUGGCGGUCCCCCAACCUCAUCACAACACCGCAGCACAUCAGAUCAAACUCAAAACCAGAAGAGUAAGAGAGGAAGUCUUGAGGAGAAGGCUAACACUGUGGGACACCAAGGGAGGAGCAGCCCAGCCCCUCGGCGAAUCUCUGAAACUUUGCCUGCUCAGAGGCCAACCAUACAGGUGAGAGCAAUGUAUGACUUCACAGCAGAGGAAGAUGACGAGUUGGGCUUCAGUUUCGGUGAAAUCAUUGAAGUACUGGACCAUUCUGAUGCAUCGUGGUGGCAAGGUCGAUUGCGAGGCCGGACUGGUCUUUUCCCUGCUAAUUACACAGAACCGAUGUGAUCUGAGGUGUGGAAUCACUAAGAGUCAAAUCCAUCAAUCGCUUACCAAAUGCCUGUCAAUAAUGUAUGGACUGAUUGAUUAUUUGAAAUUACUUUUAUAAAACUGGCUACAGAACUGUGGAGGAGAAGUGAGAAAAAAAGACUUUGCUGCCCUUUCAUAUGUGUAAUUUUUUAUACAUACUUUUUAUGGUACGAAGAAAGAACUAUACCAUUUCUCUUAUGUGUCAAUUUUUUUUAAUGACUAGACAUUUCUCUUAUAUGAAUUGAUGAAUAAUACAGUACAUAGUCCUUAGAGUGACCCCUCAGUACGUGUUUAUAUUUUAAGAUGUUCAGUAGGACACACUAACACAAGAUACAGUGUUACAGUAAGCAAUGUUUUAUGUUACUGUACCCAUUUUUGUAUUAAGAAGAGACUUUUUAACAAAUCUGAUUUGUCAAAAUAGGCACCGGCAGGAGAGGUAUGAUAAUUGUUUUAUUGUACAAGAUGGAAAAUACAGAUGGCAAAUAUGGUAAUAACAGCAGACUUGAAUAAAUCUUUCUGCUUUCAAAUAUCAA